AUGAGGGUCCCUCCGGUGCGGCCGCGCUCCCUCUUCCUCACCGGGCUGGCUGCCGUUUAUCUCGCUGCCUUCGCCUCGCUUUACGUCCAGAUUCCCGGGCUGUAUGGCAGAGCCGGGAUCCUGCCUGCCCGAAAGCUGCUCCGGCUCACUGGGAAGGGGUUCUGGGAGCAGCUGCGGGAUUUUCCCACCCUGCUCUGGCUCAGUCCCUACCUGGGCUUGGAUACUGAGCUGGGAAUGGAGCUGCUGUGCUUACUGGGUGUACUGAUGUCACUGGGAGCUGUGCUGCUGGAGCCACUAAGGGACUGUCUGCUCUUUGCCCUGCUCAGGAUGUGCUAUCUCUCCCUCUACCAGGUGGGACAGGUCUUUCUCUACUUCCAGUGGGACAGUCUCCUGCUGGAAGCAGGGUUCCUGGCUGUGCUGGUGGCCCCCCUGCACCUGCUGAAGUGGAAGUCCACGAGCUGGCGUCCCCACGACGGGGUCACCUUCUGGCUGGUCCGCUGGCUCCUCUUCCGUCUCAUGUUCUCCUCUGGGGUGGUGAAGCUGACCAGUCGCUGCCCCACGUGGUGGGGGCUUACUGCCCUCACCUACCACUACCAGUCCCAGUGCAUCCCCACCCCAGUGGCCUGGUUUGCCCACCAGCUGCCCAGCUGGUUCCAGAAGCUCAGUGUGGUGGCCACCUACGUCAUCGAGGUGCCCAUCCCCAUCCUCUUCUUCGCCCCCAUCCGACGCCUGCGCCUCUUUGCCUUCUACUGCCAGGUCCUGCUGCAGCUCCUCAUCAUCCUCACUGGCAACUACAACUUCUUCAACAUCCUCACCAUCACCUUGGCCUUCUCCUUGCUGGACCAGGAGCACUUGGGGGGCUCAGGAAGCCCCAGCAAGAAGAAACAGAGCAAUGCUUGGCCCCCAAGCUUCUUCUCUUUCUUCUCCACCUUGCUGGAGUUGACCACCUACGGUUUUCUCAUCUACUGGACCACCCAGUACUUUGGUCUGGAGAUCAACUGGGAGAAAAAGCUGCUGGACUCUAAAGUGGCCUUCACCUACCAUGAGUUCACCACCUGGCUGGGGACGGUGACACUCCCACUGGUGGGACUGGGAUUCCUCUCCCUGUCCUGGGAGAUCCUCUUGGCCCUCUACAGGUCCCUCAGUGUCCCUGGGUGCUGCUGGAAGCUGUGGGCCACCCUCCAGUGGGGCAUCUUCACCUGUGCAACCCUGGGGGUCUUUGCCAUCAGCUUGGUCCCCUUCACGUCCCUCGACGCCCCCUCCAGCCGGCAGCUGUGGCCGGGGCUGCGGCAGCUGUUUGGGGCGGUGGAGCGGUUCCAGGUGGUGUCCUCCUACGGGCUGUUCCGCAGGAUGACCGGCGUGGGGGGGCGGCCCGAGGUGGUGCUGGAGGGCAGCCUGGAUGGGCACAGCUGGACGGAGAUUGAGUUCCUGUACAAGCCAGGGAACCUCAGCAGGGCCCCCCCAGUGGUGGCCCCCCACCAGCCACGCCUGGACUGGCAGAUGUGGUUUGCAGCCUUGGACCACCACAGCUCCAGUCCCUGGUUCACCAGCUUCGUCCACCGCCUGCUGCAGGGCCAGGAGGAUGUGGUGGCCCUGCUGGAGGGGGGAGGCUCCCAGUACCCCUUCCGUGCCCGCCCCCCCCGGUACCUCCGUGCCCAGCUCUACCGUUACUACUUCACCCCCCCGGGCAGCUCGGGGCUGUGGUGGCAGCGGCAGCUGGUGGGGGAGUUCUACCCUGCCGUGGCGUUGGGGGACCCCAUGCUGGAGACCCUCCUGGAGCAGCUGGGGAUGAAGGAGCAGACCCCCCCCAGACCCACCCCUAAGGCUGCACUGCCCCAGCUGCUGCUGUUCCUGCGCCAGCUGUGCCAGCCUGUGCCAGCCCCAGUCCUGCUCUGGAGCCUCUACCUGCUGCUGGGGUCCGCCCUGGCGCUGCGGGCACUGCGGGCACCCUCCCGGCCCGGCGGGGGAGGCACAGCCCCCACACGCCACAAAGGUGCCCCCAGGAGAGGAGGGGAGCCUGGCAUGGCAGGGGGCGAGAGGAACGGGCACAGGAACGGGCAGCCCAGGAGGAGAGAGGAGGAGGAGAGGGCAGAGGGGCACGGGGACAGGCAAGGCGAUGGGCACGGGGACAGGCUGAGGGCAGCCAGGAGGAGGAAGUGA